GCGGGUCUCGCGAGAUCUCGCUUAGCGGCCCCGACGGGCGGGCGUUCUUUCCGGGGGGUCAUGGGAGGGCUCUGGUGUCCGGGAUGGAGGAUCGUGGCGGCGUGUGGCCGGCGCUGGUGCCAGGCUGGGUGGUCUGGCCGGACCGUGGAGGCUGCAGAGCGGGUUCUUAGGCCCGGGUGGGAGGCCCUCGGAGGUGCGGAGCGGGGGCCGAGGCGGCUCGGGACGUGGACGCGCCCGAGCGGGAGGAACCGGGGUUCCGUCCCGCAGCCGCCGAGGCGUCCCGGGAGCAGCAACCCUUUCCAGCGCGCGCAGGAGGACGAGUGGCGCCGGCGGAACAAGACGGUGCUCACGUACGUGGCCGCGGCCGCCGUGGGCAUGCUGGGGGCUUCCUACGCCGCGGUGCCCCUCUAUCGGCUCUACUGCCAGACUACUGGACUUGGAGGAUCGGCAGUGGCCGGGCACUCAUCAGACAAGGUUGAAAACAUGGUACCUGUUAAGGAUCGGAUCAUUAAGGUCACUUUCAACGCUGAUGUUCAUGCCAGUCUCCAGUGGAACUUCAGACCUCAGCAAACAGAGAUAUAUGUGGUACCAGGAGAGACUGCACUGGCAUUUUAUAAAGCUAAGAAUCCUACUGAUAAACCAGUAAUUGGAAUUUCUACAUAUAAUGUUAUACCAUUUGAAGCCGGACAGUAUUUCAAUAAAAUACAGUGCUUCUGCUUUGAAGAACAAAGGCUUAAUCCACAAGAAGAAGUAGAUAUGCCGGUGUUUUUCUACAUUGAUCCUGAAUUUGCAGAAGAUCCAAGAAUGGUGAAUGUCGAUCUCAUCACUCUUUCUUAUACUUUUUUUGAAGCAAAGGAAGGGCACAAGUUGCCAGUUCCAGGCUAUAACUGAAGUAGCUUCCAAGACCUGCUUCAUAUUUGUGAUUUUUGGAAAAUCAUGUAUUGUACUUUCUCAGAAGAGAAAUAUUGUACAGUAAUGUAUAUUGAAACCUUGUGUUUUAAAUGGUUUUACCUUUCUUCCCCAUUUCAUUUCUAUAACCGACUUAUGACUGAGAGAACAGGUUCGAAACUCAGUCUGUGGUGAAAAGAUGCUGCUAUCCUGUGGUGAUCCUUAAGGAAAUGAAUAUUACUCUGUUUUAAGUAAUAGAAUAUGAAUGUUGUUCACUAAGCCUGUAAACGUACGACUCCCCAGUGUACAAUAAUGUGACAUUAAAGACUGCACUAGGGCCCAGGAGAUGAAUCAGUGGGUUAAAGUGUUUGCCACAGAGGCCUGACAACUUGAGUUCUGAUUCCUGGAACCAGCCUUAAAGGAGUGAAUAUGGUAGCUCACACCUUUAAUCCCAGAGUUCUUACAACAGUGAGGUGGGAGGUUGAGCCAGGGGGCUUGCCUUUGUAUGCAUGCUCUGGCUGCCUACACUCAUACAUAAGCUGCUUUAAUAGUUCACCUUAAUUCUAUAGUUGCCUUCUGUAGUGUUAGCCCUUCAUACGUAUAAUAAUGUAUCUGAAAACUUAGAAAAAGAAAGUAUGCCCAACUCUUUUAGUUCAUAGGCUGGAACUUAUCACCAAACAAGGCAGUUGGCCUUCAGUAUAAACCAACACUAUUUACACUUUUUAAAAUUUAUUUAUUUUGUUUUUAAAAUUUAUUUUGUGACUGGAACCCUUACUGCAGCACAUAGUAUAGUAGUGAGUGCAAAUGCGGUGGGAGAUAGUUUACCAUGAGGGUUUCAGGAAUCAAACUGAAGUUGUCAGACAUGGUAACAAGUGCCUUCACCUGUUGAGCAUCUUUGGCCGAGUCGACAGUUUUAAAAAUUCAGAGUGGAAGAAGAGUCACUAAGCUCUAAGGCUUGCUCCAAGUUUGCAUUCCUAAUCAAGCGUGGCCUUUUCUGUUAAGAUUGAGGGCUAUUUUAUUCAGAGUACUGAAUAGAUAAUGGAAAUGAUGGUAUCAUGAUCUCACAGAAGAAUUACACCUUAUAGUCUGUGCUAGCAUUUACCAUCAUAAUUCCAAGUUUAUUAUCAUUUAAGAAUGAAAUUGUGAAGACUGACCUAAAAGCUCUUAGAGGUAAAAAACAAACAAAACAGAAACAGCACAACUCUGACAAAUUAAUAGUAAUUUAAUUUUAAGUGAAUGAUGCACAGUUCUGUUUUCCAGUAGUCUUUGUUUCAAAUCAAAAUGUAAAAUAUAAUAAAAGGCAAGAAUGUUUUAACAUUAUAAAGAACUAUACUUAAAGGCCACUUGAUACAGUGGCCUACUCAGGCACUUGAAACAUAAUUAAACAAGUCAUCAAGUCUUUAAAGCAGUUCUAAACCAAAGUGUUAUUUAUAAACAAGUGCAAACUGACUUCUACAUUCAGAUUCAGUUAAAUGAAGGCACUCAUUUUCUUCCUCAUUUCUUGUCCCCAUCUGUUCACAAUGCCUUGUAGUAAAGUGAUCUACAAGUACCGUUAAUAGAUGUGUCAUGAUUUGUAUUCGUAGGAUUGCCUGCACAACAUGAGUCUACAGUCUAACCAGUUGGCCUAGUACCAGGCAGUUUUCAUUCUGCUGGUUGUUAAAAUUGUUACAACCAGGUUCUCCUGAAAUCCCAAGCCACGGUCAGGAACAGUAGUGUUAGCCCAGACGUGUUAACUCUCUUGUUGAAGCUUCCAGCAGAGAGGUGGUCCACUGUUGCAGGUCUUGUCCGUCAGGCCUCAGUUGAUGAGGGUUGAUCAGGGACUGCUUUAGAGAGCUGGCCCUUUGUGAUGCUCAGAUUAUCCAUCUGAAAUAAAGGGAAGACAUUGGCCCAUUUCCCACACACCCUGAAGGACUGGAAAGCCACACAGUUAAGUAGAGGAAAAGCUGGAAUGCACUUCUUCGAAGGUUGCAGAUGUGAAGAGAAUAAAAAGUGAACAGGUCAGUGGAGACCAGGCAUCCAGUAGUGUAUAAAUAGGACACCUGGUGUAGGAGUAUUAAUGAUGGAAUGUUGGUCUAGCUGGCAGGUAUGGACUGCACUCUGAAGCCAUAAGAGAUGCUUUAAAAUGACAAGGAAUUUCUACCGAUCAUCUGUUUUUGUUAGCAUUAAUACUUAUAUAAACAAAGCCAACUUUUGAAUUCUAUGCCUCAUUUCUGGAUGGUGUAUUUCUUAGUGAAUACUGGUUAUCACUGACUAAUUGAGAGGAACUUGGUAUUAUACUAAAAUGAGUGUCAAACUUAUAUGGUCCUUAUAGAAUUCAAUACAAAAUGUGAUAAUUCCACUGAAAUUACAUGGAAGUUAAGUUGCAUGAGCUGGUAUCUUUUACCUCAGCAGUCACUAUUACUUUGAGCUCCUCUGUGGUGGUAAGCAUCAAUUUCUUCAUAAACAGCUCUGAAAAAAAGCCACCAAAGCAGAAAAAUUACACAUCUUUCAAAAUACUGUAUCACCACCAGCAGAACCAAAAUACAGACUGUUUGGGGAGGUUAGGCAUUCUAAGUGAAUAAAAACAUAGAUCUUUAUCCUUGAGCUUAUUCAAACAUAAAACAUCUACUGUCAGAGUUCUUUCCUAUGCCUGUUAAAAGCCAAUUUAUUUUAAUGGAAAACUGGCUCAAUUUUUUUUAACUUAAAAAUAAUAGCUCUGAAUUUUAAAAUAUUUUAAAAAUUUAAGUUUACUUUAUUUAACAUUGUAUUAUAGUCUAAACUUGGGAGAAGCCUUUAGCUUAUAUUAGUCAUUUUUGUACCUUUAAUAAAUUAUAAUUUUUAAUAAUU